UUAAAGUAAGCUUCAGACAUACCUGUUUAUUUCUGCUGGUUGUAAUCUCCACUUUUUUGUUUCUUUCAGGUUGCAUCAAUGGACAACUCCUUCUUUAGCCCAAUCGUGUGUAAACCUACAAAUGAAUCGGAUAAGGAAAUUGAUGACGUGGAGUUUGAGGCAUCGAAUGGUGGUCACAAAGACAUUUCAUCCAGUUUCGAGGAUAGCCAGCAAGCAAGCAUCUGUGAAUCUUUCUAUGAAUUGGCAAAAGUUAGCAAGUUUAAGAGAUUCGACAAAAGGGCAAAUGCUUUAAAGACAUGGAAGUGGGAUGAAGUGAUACAAAUUGAUAGUGAAACCGAAGAUGAAGAAGAGGAUGUUACACCUGUGAUAAAAAGAGCUAAGCAUGCUUUUGUUGUUGAAUCAAAAGUUGUUGGGUAGAAACAGAAAUGUUUUUAAUGGGUCUUGUAGUGGUGUUAGAAAUUGUACGUUGUUGUUUUUGUG